UGUGACAGCUGUAAGUGGAGGAAAAUAAUGAUAAGCCAAGUCGGACGAGAGCUAUACAAGGUGCCGCUUCGCAUUCUAGAUCACCGAGUGUUCGUGAACGGCGAGAUUGAGGCUUUUCUGGAGAAUUUCGAGGUACGUCGCAACGACAGCGAAGUGGAGAAACUUUUCCAGGUCACCGAAACCGUGGGCUCCCUAAAGUACGAUCUCUCCGAGCGCUGCAUUGCAUCCGGCAACCAGAACCUGACCCAACUGGGCUGCGAAGUGAAUCAUCUGCUGGACGGAGUCAACGAACUGCUGGCGAAGGCAAAGGUGGAACGCACUGCCAGCACCCAGCUGGAGGAAGCACGACGAGCACGUGAGCAGCGCCGGGCGGAGUUUCUUACCAAUUUAGAGCACGGCUAUCGCCGCAUCGAAAACUCAUUCGAGGAGAAGGAGGAGGAAAUCGCAGAGCUCUACUCGGACCUGCAGCUUAAAUUGAACAUUGCCAAGUAGUC